CCUCAUGCGAGCAUUAGUCAGUUGUGCACGGCAAUUCUUUGAAGGCGGACGUUCUCUGGGAUAAAAACGGAUUACAGCGGUACACGAACGAGUAGACAGUGUAAACAUACAUAGCGGUAAAGUGAAAAUUUAGGUCUUUGUUGUUGUUCCUGCUGCUGUUGCUCAUUGCCGAUGUUGAUGUGUUCGCAUGUGAAAACAAACAAACACUCAAUGCGAGCCAAAUGUGGAAAAGAUACGGAGAAAAAAGAGCAUAACAACAACAAUAGCAGUCAAACAAACAAAGAAAUUUAAAUUUCAUUUAACAAAUAUUUGAAUUUAGAAAAAAAAGAAAGAAAAAGUUCGUAGUCUACGCAAUAAAAGUGAAUUUAACAACAACAGAAAAAAAUAGAAAUAAAAUAUUGAGCCAAGAGAUGAUAAAGUGAUUUCUAUAAAAAAAAAUAGUGGCUGUUCACAAUAAAGACUUUGCAAAAUACAACAACAAGUAGUAUUUGAAUCAAAAGGAAUGCCAUUUGUUGCUCCUCAUUUUUUCAUCUAAAUAGAGAUAAUAAAAGUGCAGUGACAACAACAACAACAAUAGCAGCUGUAACAACACUCUAGUUUGAUUAAGAUUGAUUAAAAUUUGAAUGCAGCCACCAAAGAUACGACUACAAGCGUAACGGCCUCAUCCAACAGUGUAAUUGGACAUUGGAUAAUAUGACACUAACCCCGACCAUCUUGGUGUGGUUGGUCCUAGUGGCAUUUGGAAGUUGGCAGGCCAGACAAGUAGGAGCCUUUCCCACCUAUCACAAUUCAAAGCGGCAGGCCAUCAACUGGACCCAGCCCGAAGAUGAAUGGGAAAUCUUGUCACUGCCACGCAGCAUUACCCCCCACAUAGAACUGAAAUACUUUGAGAAUCGCACAAAUGCUGAUGCCUCCAUUAGUGAUGAGGAAUUUCUGGAGCGCUUGCGAAGAAUAAAAAACAACACUUCCACGCCCCGCAUGCUGUGGUAUGACAACACCCCCGAUGGUUUAGCCUAUCCACCGUUUGUCGAGAAGGCCUUAAAACUAUUCAACCUCAAGCAAGUGUCGUAUGAGAUCGAACACAGUCUGCUGUCGAAGGUGUCCUGCACGGCGUGCAAGGCGGGAGCUGGUCUAUUGCUGCACUACAUCCAUCUGGGCAAAUCGGAAGCCGAGAUUAUAAAAAUGAUCUAUCAGUUCUGCUCCAAUUUGAAUAUCCAGAGUCCCAGGGUUUGCGAAGGAGUCUCCAGCCUCUUUGGCUCCGAAGUGGUCUAUGUGCUGCAGAGGACCCCCCUGGGGCCCGAUGAAAUCUGCAGUUUUGUUAUAGGCGAUGGCUGUGAGGACACUUACAAUCCCUACCAUGAAUGGGAAGUCAUAUUUCCUCCGGUGCCCAAACCCCCAGUGCUGGAAUUACCUGUGCCCAAGGAGGGCGCGCCAUUCUUUAAGGUUCUGCAAAUCUCCGACACCCACUACGACCCACACUAUGUGGAAGGCUCCAAUGCCGAUUGUAAUGAGCCAUUGUGCUGCCGCUUGAGCAGUGGCAGACCCUCAAAUCCCAAUGCCGCUGCUGGCAAAUGGGGGGAUUACCGGAAAUGCGACACCCCCAAGAGGACCGUGGACAAUAUGCUAUCCCACAUAGCGGACACACACAGUGACAUUGAUUAUAUUCUUUGGACAGGAGAUCUUCCGCCGCACGAUGUUUGGAACCAGACAAAACAGGAGAACUUGGAAAUUAUCAAAGAGACAGUAAGGCAAAUGACUGAGAAAUUCCCCGGCGUUCCCAUCUUUCCUGCCCUGGGCAAUCAUGAGAGUGCCCCGGUCAAUAGUUUUCCUCCUCCCUAUGUCAAUCAAGUGGACAAUUCCAUAGCCUGGCUCUACGAUGAACUCGAUCUGCAGUGGCGUAGAUGGUUGCCCCAAAGCGUUUCGCACACCAUCAAAAGAGGAGCAUUCUAUUCGGUUCUGGUGCGGCCAGGAUUCCGCAUCAUUUCGCUGAAUAUGAACUACUGCAACAACAAAAACUGGUGGCUGCUGCUCAAUUCCACCGAUCCAGCAACGGAACUCCAAUGGUUUAUUUACGAGCUACAAAGUGCCGAGUUCUCCAACGAGAAGGUACAUGUCAUUGGUCACAUACCUCCCGGGCAUUCAGACUGUCUGAAGGUGUGGUCCAGAAAUUUCUACAAAAUCAUAGCUCGUUACGAGAAUACAAUAAUGGCACAAUUCUAUGGUCAUACGCAUUACGACGAGUUUGAAAUGUUCUAUGAUCCCCAUGACCUGGGUCACUCCAAUAACGUGGCCUAUAUUGGCCCCUCCGUUUCACCUUACUACGAUCUAAAUCCUGGCUAUCGAAUUUACUACGUUGACGGGGAUCAUGAUACCACCACCCGACUGGUCAUCGAUCAUGAGUCUUGGAUUAUGAACCUUAAAGAGGCCAAUCUCUAUGACUAUCCCAUAUGGUAUAAACUGUACACGGCCAGGUCCGCCUACAACAUGAAAGCUUUGCGCCCCGCCGACUGGGACAAUCUGAUAACUGAGCUGGCUCAUAAUCAAGAAUUGUUCGAUCUCUAUUACAAAAACUAUUGGAAAAAUUCUCCAGUGAGACCAGCAUGUGAUGCGGAGUGCCGAAAACGCAUUCUGUGCGAUGCAAAGAGCGGGCGCUCGCAUGAUCGAAGACACUUUUGUGCGGAGCUGGAAGCCAAAGUGGAUGAUGAAUCGGGCAAAUCAUGGAAAUCGUGGAUUUAUCGUGGCCUUAGCAAUUCGUAUAGUUUAUUGACAUCUAUAGUAUAUUUGCCCAAAUAUCUGAUGGGCUUUGGCUGAUAAGCGUCGACAGAUGAACGAGCCUGGAGCAGUCUUGAGGUGCAUAGACUUAAAAACACCACCCAUCAUGGGGACAUGGAACAAAGACUUACGGUUGUAUUAGAAACGUGUCUGCAUCACUCACGCGAGCAAUGUAUUUUAGUCUCCUUUCUAACCAUAGUUCAAAAUUAAUUCAUAAUUUUAUUAUUAUUAGAUUCUUGUUAACACUUAUCAGGUUUAAUUAUAUUAAUUAUGUGAUCGCUAUUUUUAAUUUUAUUAAAUAAUUUGAAUGAGCCCAAGCGGAAACUCUUCAUAAAUAUUAAGCUAUAGUAAGUGCUAGUUAUAAGACCAAGGCCAAAACAAUAUUUCAUUUCUCCUCGAAAUUCAUACAACAUCAUUGCUACAUUUUUCCUUAAAUCACAAUAAAUUCAGUUACAUAUUUAUAUAUUCUCAAACAACAGUCAUAUAAUAAGUUUGCAAUUUACAUAUAUUUAUUUCACAUGUUGUUGAUUACCACUUGAAAAAGUAAUAAAUCAUUCGAAAAAAACCCUA